CACCGAUGCUCUGUGUCCCUCGGACACGGGAUCACGGAAAGAGCCAAAGAUGUCAGCUUGGUCAUGUGAUCAGCUGUGUCUAAUCACAGCUGAUCACAUGGCACUGAUGAUCAGUGUGCCCUGAUGAUCAAUGUGGCCCCAGAAGUGCCACGUGCCAGUGCCCAUCAGUGCCACGUGCCAGUGCCCAUCAGUGCCACGUGCCAGUGCCUAUCAGUGCCACAUCAAUGCCACAUAUCAGUGCAUUCCAGUGCACAUCAAUGCCGCAUAUCAGUGCCCAUCUGAGCUGCCUUUCAAUGUCACCCAUCAGUGCCAGUCAGUGCCACCUAUCAAUGCCAAUCAGUGUUGCCAAUCAGUGUUGCCUAUCAGU